AUGGAACGCAGGCCCAGAAUGCUGAAGGAUUUCCUGAACGAGAAUUCAAACUCUUGUUCCUCAAGUGGGUUCAAAUCAUUUCCAAGAAAACCAAAUAACAACAACAGCAUGAAGAGGCUCAUAGAAAUGGAACUCAAGUCUUGCAACUCAUCAUCAUCAUCAAACUCAACCUUCCAAACAGUGAUGAACACCAUUAGGAGCUUCUCUUUCUUCACCAGGGUGAGAAAAUCACCACCCUCUAUGCUUUUUCUACCACGGAGCCUCUCACGGAAGCUAUCAUCGUCAUCAAGAAUAUCAAGGAAAAGAAGAAGCCAUGCAUGUAAAGAAGGUAGUGAAAUCAAAAUCAGCACCGUUAAGAUCAAGGACAUCAUACGGUGGAAAUCGUUCCGGGACCUGGCGGAAGAGCACCACCAACACCAACCUUCUCUUCCGCCACCACCACUACCGCAGUUGGAUUUUCACAACUGCACGACGGGGUCCACCACCACCACCACCACCUCUUCCACCACUUGCAGUAGCAGUGACUCUAGCUGGAGUGACAGUGAUUUUCUUACCUUUACCUUGGAAGCACAAAACGACAACGUCAAAGCGGGUAAAUUUUUUUCGUUUUCACCACUUGUUGUCGGCAAGGACUCGGCGGUACCGACGGCGGAGUACGCGGCGGCGGCGGCGACCAAGGAAGUUUUAUCUUGCGAAGAAGAUGAACAACAGAGUCCAGUUUCAGUUCUUCAGCUUGGAGAAGAUGAAUUCUCACCCUUUGACCAAAGCCUUGCCAAUAUUGAAAGGAAAAAACAAAAGUUCAUAAAAACUGUUCAGAAAUUUGAGAGUCUUGCAAAUUUAGACCAAUGUCUCUCAUUGGAUGAGAACUCUGGCUAUGAUGAAGAAUAUGAAGAUGAUGAUGAUAAUGACGUCCAAGAAAGUGAAGAACAAGAUUGGGUUGAGGAAAGGGCAAAGCAACUCCUACAUUGUGUUAAAGCAACAAGUUCAGCACAUAGCUUUAAAGACUAUUUGGAUACACUUCUGUUGGACUUUUUUAGGGAAGAACUACGUGGAAGUAGAAACCAAAAUAGGAAUGAAGAAGAGUUUGAGAGGGAGGUAUUGAGAAUAGCUGAGGAAUGGGUAAAUGGAUCAUUUGAAUAUGAUAUAGGCCAUCUUAAUAAUGAUGUUUGUAUCAAGGACAUGGAUAGGAGCUUUGGAUGGAACAGGUUUGAGGAGGAGCAAGAAGAAUUGGCAUUGGAGAUUGAGACAGCUAUAUUGCAUAGUUUGGUUAUUGAUCUUCUAGGCAUCAACACCCAAUGA